CACCAUUCACAAAAUAGUCCAUCCAAAAGGCCAAAAACAAGAAAAGGGAAUGGUAAAGCAGACAAUAAUUGUACGGGUGAGGGAUGGAAUGAGCCUUGCCAAAGGUCCAAGAAAUGAGAAUGAAGAAAAUGAUGUUUUCUCGAGUUACAAGCAACAAAGAGACUUCAUUCUCCAAGAAAUCUCAAGAGGAGAUUUGCCUUCUUCCAACAUGACCAUUUGUGUUGACGAACUCUAUUGCUUCAGGAUUAUGGUAGAAAGUGGAAUAUGCUUCAUGACACUUUGUGAUUUAUCAUACCCAAGAGAUCUUGCAUUCCUUUAUCUCCAAGAUUUACAACGCCAGUUUGACAAGUUGGACAAGAGAUUUGUAGAGGGAAUUUCCAAUCCAUAUUGUAGCAUUCCCAAACUUGGUGCAAUCAUUAGUAAUGUUAGAGAGAAAUAUGUUGACCCAAGGACACAAUCAAAUAUAUCUAAGAUGAUGAAAAGUAAGAUGAAAGGAAAUUUAGAUGCAGUUACAUAUGAUUUAUCAGAGAUAAUAGAGCGUAGGCAAAAACAAGAAAUGUGGGAGAAAAUGAAAAGGGCUAACUUGAGUGAGUUUAAAAUCUGGGGCUCUAAAAAGCUUGAGAUCAUUGCUAUGAAAGGGAUGCCUAUUGCUACACUUAUUGUUGUUGUCGUUCUUCUUCUCUGGAGCAGUUCUCUUUUCAAAGAUGAAUUUUGGUGACUGAUCCUCAAGAAGAGUAAAGUUUGGGGAGGGUGUUUGUAAGCAGGCUUUACCCCUACUCAAAAGUAGAGGGGUUUGUAAGUUCGUGGGGGGUGCAGCGGAUAACAACAAACACAAGCUAUGCAAACAAAACAAUCAACUAUGUUGUAGAGGAGAUGCUGCAGCACUGUCCAGUAACAGAUGACGGGCAGUGUGCUAUAACACUUCUCUGUCACAAGCACACACGCAAAAUAUGAAGUAAAAACAGUAAGCAAGA